AUGUCAGCUCCGACAAGGGUGACUCCAGCGAAUCCAUUGAAAAAUAAAAUCGAUCAAAUUGUAAAUAGGAAAUUGAGUUUGGACAAGGAUUUCAUGAAAGUUGUGGAUUACGUUGCCCCGAUGAUGGAAAAUCUUGACAUUGAUAAUCAUACGGAAAGAAAAUUGUCGAGAAGGCUUGAGGGAAAGGACUUAGAGCUCAAUAAUGAGUAUUUGGCUGAAUUUGAUAAAGUUAAUAAAAUUGUACAACAAUUCGACAAUAUUGUAAAGGAAAUGAACAAAUCUUGCACGGAUUUGUGCGUUCGAUUGGAAAAUGUGAAGCAAACGAAUACAAAUCUUCUCAAUCAAACGACACAACUUCAGGCACAAAAAAAAAAGAUUGAAGCCAAACAGAAGGCAAUCGAUUCUUUUCUAGACAAAUAUUCAUUGACAGAAGCUGAAAUGGAAGUUCUUGAUUGUGAGCAAAAAGAUGUUCGAUUGACUACCCAAUUCUUUGCUGCCCUCAAUCGAGCCAAAGAAAUUCAUGAAGAGAGCAAGGAAAUGGUGAAAGUGGCUGGCAAUCAUCUCGCUGCUCUUGAGGUCAUGGAUUCGAUGGAAGCGAUUAUGAAAUCGGCGUACAGCACAAUUUUCAACAAAAUUUCCCGAGAAUUCCGUUUAUUGAGCUCGGAUUUCGUUGAUGCAAAAAGUGUGAUCAGUCGCGCACUUGCCGCUCUUCAAGAUUUUCCGUAUAUGCUUCAAGUUUCAUUAGAUGAGUAUUCUACAACUCGCGGCAAUGAUGUUCUCAGAUUGUUCAUCGAAGCCCUUACGAAGGGACCGCAUGGUUCGGGAAAACCGAUCGAAAUGAUGAGCCACGAUAAAAUCAGGUAUAUUGGUGAUAUGCUCGCAUUUAUGUACGAAUUAGCGGGAAACGAAAGAGAGCUCAUUGAGCAGCUUCUAUUCCAAUGUCAACCGGAAGUUCUUGAGACAAACUCGAUUAAUGUGCUCAACAACAUUACAAAAGCUCUAGCUGCUCCAUUUAAAGUGCGUGUUGAGCAAUCAAUUGCAAACGAAUCUGACUGCGUUUCUCUUUAUAAGAUCUCCAAUCUUUUCACAUUCUAUACUGAAAAAUUAACACCAUUAACUGGUGAUAAGUCGGAGAUUGUUGCAACUUUGAAUGAUUUGAAUAACAUCGCAAUGGCCAUGUUCCACGCCGGAUUGAUACAAGCUGUACAGAAAACAUUAUCGAAGAUGGGCGCGCCCGAUUACGAUCUGCUACCGGUCCAGGCUGUUCAUCAAUGUUUGAUGCUUCUCCGAGAAGUUCUUGAUACUCAUGAUGCCGGAAUGGGAGCCAGAACUAAUGCGAAACAAGACUUCCAGAAAAUAUUUGAAAUUAUUCUGGAUCCACUUACAAGAGAAGUCCAAUUGACCGCGACUCAACUUCAUUCACCACUGGAUGUUGCUGUCUACACUCUUAACUGCCUUUCUGCAAUUCAAUCCGUUGUAGUUCUUUAUCAAUUCACUGACCAGAGGCUGGAAAUGAUAGCUGCUAUGAUUGAGGGCAAUGAAGAUGUUUUGGUUUCCGAAGAGAUCUCUACUGUGCUUAGUACCACCAAACUGCUGAAUUUGUACCAGAAGGCGUCAGCUCAUAAAAAAGAACAGGGACCGUUAUCUCAAGUCCCGGGAAUGGAGCGUUCCGAAGUGUCCUCGGUUCUCAAUGAAUUUUCCAUGUUUCUCCAUAAUCCAAACAGUUGCCGAUUGGAUCAUGUUGCCAAAAUUUCGAGCUCGAGAAUACGUGAAACAGUCCGUACAAGAAGCAUGUCAGAAUUGCUUAAAGUUUACACAUGCCUUGUUAGCAAAUUCGAAGACGAGAGCAAUGGUUAUGGCGAUAUGCCAUAUCUGACGGUUGACCAAGUUAGCCAAUUGCUCAAAUUCAGCUUCAUGCAGUAA